AUGGAACAUAACACGGGUGCAAGGAAAACACGCAAGGCGCACAGGAAAUCCCGCAAUGGAUGCCUCCCAUGCAAGGCGCGGCAUGUGAAGUGUGAUGAGCAGAAACCGGCCUGUGUCAACUGCGAUAAAUAUCACUCAAAGUGCGAAUAUCCCACGCAGAAAAGGCGGGCGUUGGCGAAUGGCGCGCCAUCGCCAGUCGGUCUCUCAACCCCUUCGUCAACGGGGAGCGUGGGCGCAAAUCGACCCGUUCCAGAAACUCUUCCGAGCAGAGAUCAGGACGUGUUAUUGAACGUUCCUCAGCUACGUCUUCUACAUCAUUUCACCACCGUUACCGCAAAGACUCUGGCAGCCCACUCCAACGCCGAAGAAGUCUUCUCGUCUUACCUCGUCAAAGUCGCGUUCGACCAUCCCUUCCUUCUUCACGCCAUUCUUGCUGUUGCGGCUCUACACCUGGGCCGGUUAGAGCGAAAAUCUCGGGCCGACUUCCUUCUUCAAGCUGAAAAACACCAUGAUGCUGCACUGGCACGAUUCCGGUCCGACGUCGAAGACAUUCAUGAAUCCAACUUUGAAGCUGUCCUUGCUUUCGCUACUGCACUCUUUCCAUACUCUUGUGCGAUCUCCAUCGAUAACAGCAAAGAUCUCGACCACGCGUUCGACAUCAUCCUUUCGAACCUACUUCUCACCCGGCGUGUUCGGCCAAUGGUGAGCAGUAUGUACGGCGCAAUGAACGAAUCCGAGCUUGGUCGCAUCGUUCCAAACGACAUACAAGGGAUUGAUUUUGACGCGAUACCCAGUGAGACUGAGCUGGUGCAAUUGCGAAAAUUCUCCGAAGCCGUCCACCAUAUCUACCCUUCGGACAUCGUCGAAGCCUAUGGAGAGGCAAUUCGCAUUCUGGAGAUUGUCUUUUCGGUAACCAGCAGAUUGCCGAACCCGCCGUCAGAUGCUCUACUCAAAAUGUGGAUCCAUUUCGUUACACCCCGCUUCAUGGAGCUGCUGUCUGAGAAACAGCCUGGCGCUCUAAUCAUUUUCGCUCACUAUGGAGUCCUCCUCGGACGAAGUCAGAGGUAUUGGUUCUUAGAAGGGGUCGCCGAGCAGAUACUGCAAAUCGCUGAUGCCUUUGUCCCAACGGAGUGGGCGACAUGGCUGGACUGGCCCAAGGAGCAAAUCGCCGGUGGGCAGACGUAUUCCCCUGAAGAAACCUGA